UCAGCCCCGGCCCAUCCGGCCCAUCCGGCCCCAGCCCCGCCGCUGUCCCCGCAGGGCGCUCGCCAUGGAGCCGGGCACCAUCGACAACCUCUGCAUCCUGUACCAGAGCCCUGACUUCAUCGUGGUCAACAAGCACUGGGACAUCCGCAUCGACAGCAAGAUGUGGUACGAGACGCUGACCCUGCAGAGCCAGUUGAAGCACCGCUUCCCCGAGCUGGCAGACCCCGACACAUACUACGGCUUCAGGUUCUGCCACCAGCUCGACUUUUCCACCAGCGGGGCCCUCUGCGUCGCGCUCAACAAAGCGGCGGCAGGAAGCGCCUACAAGUGCUUCAAGGACCGCCUGGUGACCAAAGCCUACCUGGCCCUGGUGAGGGGUCACGUUGACCAGAGCCACAUGACGAUCCGCUAUGCCAUCGGCAAGAACACAGCAGAGGGCAUGACCCACAUGAUGUGCAUUGAGGGGACAGAGGGCUGUGAAAACCCCAAGCCGUGUCAGUCGGAGCUGAUUGUGCUCGAGCACGGGUCUUACAGCGGAGAUCCUGUGACCAAAGUACUGCUGCAGCCGCUGACAGGGCGCACCCAUCAGCUCCGGGUUCACUGCAGUGCCAUCGGCCACGCCAUCGUGGGGGACUUUACGUACAGCCACAAGAAGGACAGCAGUCCAUACCGCAUGAUGCUGCACGCCUACUACCUGCGCAUCCCCACCAGCAAGGAGCUCAUCGAGGUCUGCACGCCUGACCCCUUUGUCACAGCCAUGGAUGGCAACUGGGUGCCGCAGCACAUUGUGCGCCGCCUGGACGAGACCAUCCAGGAGCUGAAGGACAAGGCAGUGCAGAAGGGGGACGUAGGGCAAAGCCAGCAAGCCGUGCCUGGGGAUAAAGAAGAGGAGGCACUGAGCAAAGCCAAGAGCCUGGAGCUGGAGGAGCAGCGUGUGCAGUGCGAGCAGUGGUUGGCUGAGUGGGCUCUGGAGUGAGCGCCGGCCAUUUCCACACGUUCCCAACCCUUUGCUCCAUAGUUGUCUGAUGGGUUCUGGCAGCCUACCCCCAGAGCCCAGCACUAACUCCACAUCCACACUCUCCAUAGGUUGUGGUUUCCCUCACCUCUGGGUCUGGGAUUAGGCAGUUUUUAGCAGCAAUUAGGAUUGGUUUCUUUUUUUACCGUGCCCAUCACCCACUUGGCCACCGGAUGCCCCUUUCCUAAUUGUGUGCCACAGCAGCAGUCAGUGUGCCAUGCACCAGCUUAGAGUGACCCUGGAGCUUUGCGUCCCUAUGCCGGGGCAGCGUGGCUGUGCCAUGAGUGUGCUGGGUGCACCCACAGUCCCACAGCACUUGGGUGCUCAGUGUGCCCUCCGUGGGCUCUGUGUCCACUGCUCCAUCCCACCGCAGUCCUCAGUGCAGGAGGUGGGAUGACCCCUCCUUGCUUAUUGCCCGUGAGCUGGGACUGCGGCACAGCCUCGCCACCUAUCUACUUGUUUUUAAAGGUUUGUUGAAGAUGAGCAAAUUGGUAUGAAGAGAUUUUAAAGCUUUUUUUCAGAUUUCUAUGGAACAAAUCUCGUCUUUUAGCAGUUCUGAUGGUCCCAGAGAUGCACGUAUUUUUAGUACUUACCUUGUAUUAAAGCAGCCAGCAUCCCCACGCUUUUUUAAAUAGAUUCUCCUUUUACUAGCAUCUCCCUUUUUUCCUAGGUGUGGAGGCAGCUCUGCUGAGAUGGAUCAGAGGACAGACAGGGGGGUGGCAGGGGCUCUGGGGAUCAGCAGGGCUGGCUCCUC